AUGAAAAAUUAUGAUUGAUUUGAUGAACACUAGAUAAACAUAGAGUGUGUGGCAUGACCGACAAGGACACUAACUUUCCAUGAAGUUGAAGAGUGACAUAAUAACAACACUCAGAAAACUAGUUCAAGAUGGUUUAUACAAAGAAGCUCUUCACUUCUAUUCCCACCUCCACCACUCUUCCUCCCACACUCCUCACUCCUUCACAUUCCCCAUUCUCCUCAAAGCAUGCUCCAAUCUCUCUCCCUCUUCCCCUUCCCAAUCGCAAAUCCUCCAUGCCCAUCUCUUCAAAACCGGUUUCUACUCUCACCCUCACACCACCACCGCCCUCACCGCCGCAUACGCCGCCAACCCUAUCUCUUUCCCAGACGCCCUCAAACUGUUCGACGAAAUGUCCCAACCAACUAUCACCGCUUUCAACGCCGCACUUUCCGGACUCUCCCGAAAUGGACCUCCGGGACAAGCUAUUGAGCUUUUCCGUCAAAUUGGGCUUCGUACUCUGAGGCCCAAUUCUGUCACUAUCGCUUCUCUUCUCACUGCACGUGAUACAAAAAAUCCAAGUCACGUGCACCAAGUUCAUUGCUUGGCGCUUAAGUUAGGAGUUGAAAAUGAUGUCUACGUUUCCACCUCGCUUAUUACUUGUUAUUCCAAAAGUGGAAAUUUGGUUUCUUCGAAAAACGUUUUUGAAAAUUCGCACGUGAGAAAUGUGGUUACUUACAAUGCUUUUAUGUCGGGGUUGUUACCAAACGGAUUUCCUCGUAUUGUUGUCGAUGUUUUUAAGGAUAUGAUGAUGAGUUUGGAGGAAAAGCCGAAUAUGGUUACUUUCGUGUCUGUUUUUUCAGCUUGUGCUAACCUUUUGAACAUUCGUUUAGGGAAGCAGGUUCAUGGGCUUAGUAUGAAACUAGAAGCAUGUGAUCAUGUUAUGGUGGUGACUUCACUUGUGGACAUGUAUUCAAAAUGUGGUUGUUGGCGUUCUGCUUUUGAUGUUUUUAAUGAAGGUGAAAAGAGGAACUUGAUCACUUGGAACUCUAUGAUUGCAGGGUUGAUGAUGAAUGAAGAGAUUGAGAAGGGUGUUGAUGUGUUUGAGAGGAUGGUGAGUGAAGGGGUUUUGCCUGAUUCGGCAACCUGGAACACUUUGAUUGGUGGAUUUGCACAAAAAGGGUUGUUUUUGGAAGCUUUUAAGUAUUUUAGGAAAAUGCAGUAUUUUGGUGUGGUUCCAUGUUUGAAGAUUGUUACUAGUAUUUUGUCUGUGUGUGCUGAUUCGUCUGUGUUGCGAAGUGGGAAAGAGAUACACGGGUAUGCUGUGAGAAUUUGUGUUGAUAUGGAUGAAUUUUUCGCAACUGCUCUGGUUGAUAUGUACAUGAAAUGUGGGUGUGUUUCUUUGGCUCGUUGUAUUUUUGAUCAGUUUGAUGAAAAACCAGAUGACCCUGCAUUUUGGAAUGCAAUGAUAGGAGGGUAUGGAAGGAAUGGAGAUUAUGAGUCUGCUUUUGAAAUCUUUGAUGAAAUGUUGGCUGAAAUGGUGAAACCAAAUAGUGUAACAUUUGUUAGUGUUCUGUCGGCUUGUAGCCACAGUGGUCAAGUUGAGAGAGGAUUACAUGUUUUCAGGAUGAUUAGAGAAGAGUUUGGUUUGGAUCCAAAGCCUGCGCAUUUUGGGUGUGUGGUUGAUCUUUUGGGUCGAUCUGGUCGGUUAGGCGAAGCUCGAGAGUUGGUGCGAGAAUUAGCAGAACCUCCUGCAUCUGUUUUUGAUUCUUUGCUUGGUGCAUCUAGGUGCUACUUAGAUUCAAAUCUUGGGGAAGAAAUGGCCAUGAAACUUGUUGAUCUCGAGCGGGAAAAUCCGGCUCCGCUGGUGGUUUUGUCUAACAUAUAUGCUGCAUUGGGAAGAUGGAGAGAAGUAGAAAGGAUAAGAGGGUUGAUCACAGAUAUAAGAUUGGACAAACUAUCUGGUGUUAGCAUGAUAGAAGUUGCAUGAGAAUUGCUUUUGCAUACAUAAAAAAACUUGAAAUCAAAUGUUCUUUUUUCUUUCUGAUAACAUAAAGUUUGUUAUAUUUUGGAGUAUUCCUUGUAAAUCAGUGAUUCAACAUCUCUUUCACUGCAAAUCCGUAGUAAUCGUCGAAAUGGUAAUCAGGCUCCGAGAUGAAACAAGAGAUUACAUCUCUCAGUGUGAUGACUCCAACUACUUGAUCUAGUCCAUCAACUGUGUAAAUCCUGUGAAUAGACUGUGAAGAAAGAGGGUGAAUCACGCUCUCAAGAGUUGAGUCGGGCUUGCAUGUUAGAGGCCGAGUAACUUUUCCAGUUCCAUGGGAUGCUGAGUGUAUUUUCUUCAUGAAA